CGAGUGAGUCUACCAUCAUUUUCAGCACUUUCUUACUAAACUCUUCAUUACCAGAAGAUUUACAAUCUUACGGGAACCAUGAUCACACUGAAACUCUGGACCGUCCUUCUUGCCUAUGCGCUGAUUAUAUGCCAGAUGUACAUUUCACAGGCAGCUCCAUCCAGAAAUAGUAAGGAGUAUAUGUCUGAUGGAAUCACAUUAUCGAAUGAGGACACUCAGCGAUUAUUCAGAGUGAUCAAGGAGUUCAUGCAGAAUUCCUUAGAGCCACAAACAGCUGAUGGAUACAGCCUGGAUAGACCCAUGUCCAAGCGCUGCACCGGCUUAAGCACUUGUGUGCUGGGCAAACUCUCCCAGGACAUUCACAAACUACAAACCAAUCCCCGCACCGACGUGGGAGCAGGGACGCCUGGGAAGAAGCGAAGUCUAUCUGAGAAUUAUGACAACUUAUACAACUGACACUCUCCAUUUCAGCCCAUCUCUUUUUUUCUGUCUGUUGUCGCUCAUUUUUGCUUGUCUGUCCAUUCAUCUGAGUUCACACAUGAAGCUGCUGAUGCAUGUGGAUCUGAACUUCAGAGGAGUGUCUUGACUUCUAAUAUUUUUUAAUGUAAAUUUUUGAUAGAGAAUUAAAGAAUCCUGCCAUUUCUGUACAAUAUUUGUGCAAUCUGGUGUCCUGUGUGGAAUUAUUUAAUUUAAAUUGUACUCAAACUCUACAAAAGAAUAGAAAAUCAGUUCAGCAGAACAGAGAUUGUGUAACAAUUGAAAAAUAAAAGCAAUACAACAGCCCAGAAGCGGGCAUGCAACACGGCAACAUGUGUAACCCACCGCUUGGCUGACUUCCUGAGUCGGUCAGGUGGACUGGGACACGCCAACUUUGUU